AAAAAAUACAUUCAAAUUUGCUGGAGACUAGUCUAUGGAUAGAUAACUCUCGUAACAUUGAUCAGUAAACAACAAAAUGGCUAGCAGGGCAAUAGGACGAGCAACGGUCAGAGCUGUUACAUCAAAACGUCUAACACCACAGAAAGCACCCCUCGUUCUGACCCAAAAUGCAGUGACUAAAAUCAAACAGCUGAUGGCUGAAAGACCAGAAAUGACAGGAAUUAUGAUUGGAGUGAAAACAAGAGGAUGUAAUGGUCUCACUUACACAUUAGAUUAUACAGAUAAAAAGGGAAAAUUUGAUGAGGAAGUUGUCCAAGAUGGUGUGAAGGUUUUUAUUGAUGCCAAAGCACAGCUAACACUGUUAGGGACAGAAAUGGAUUACCAAGAAGACAAAUUAACAGCAGAAUUUGUAUUCAACAAUCCCAACAUUAAAGGAACAUGUGGUUGUGGAGAAAGCUUUAAUGUAUAACGUUAGGCUUUUAAGUUUAUUUCUUUUUGUACAAAAAUGUAAAUAACUGAUAGUAUAUUCUAGAAGCUAACUCUUAGAUACAUAUUGUUUAAGAAUAUUAGCCUUUGUAAAUACAAUCUUUUUCUUUUGAGUGAUUAAGUUUAAGAUAUUAACAUUCAGGUUUUGAAUAGAAUUUUCAAUGUAUCUAAGUGAUGCUUGCAAGGCUGUUAUUGUCUUUCUGUGCCAGUAUAGUUGAUAAAUGACUCAAAAUGUCAUGUUAGUAAAACAGUAUUUAUUGUGCUUGUUAAGUGGUUGCAUAAAUUGUCUUGUUAGUAAAACAGUAUUUAUUGUGCUUGUUAAGUGGUUGCAUAAAUUGUCUUGUGAUGAGCUGGUAUCGGUACAAGUAAUUAUAAAUGAUAAAAAGAAAGUUAUCAUUUCCUUAAAGUUUAUCCUAACGUUUAGUUUGUGAAGGAGAUAGCACAAUUUUGCAUACAACUAGCUGUAUGAAAUUUAACAUAGAAGUAGAGGAUUUCUUGAUGUGAACUAAUAAAUACAUGAUAACAUUAAUUCAGGUUGAACGUUAAAAGCUGUUUGUGUUUCCUAAAUUAAGGCAUUUGUUACCUUUUGAUGGCUACUUAUUACUUUUAGACAACUCAUAGUUAAAUAUUUAUAUAGAAAAAAAGUAUUGUAAAGAAGCUUCAUGAUCUUGUACAAUAAAAACACACACAAAGAAUAAAUCUUUACCUAAAAUUGU